GUCUGUAUGUACUCCGUACAAACAAUGAUUGACUAACGGGUUUUUGGAUUGGCUGGUUGGCUAGUCACCACUCCCCUCGCAUACCGUACUAAUAAGAAGCCAGUCCACCGGCACUUGUAGUUCUACAAUGAUCCGCAGGCACACUCUUUUUUUUGCCGUUUGUUUACUUUUCUUUCUGAGCACUUGAGAGGGGAGCGACACUCAAUUCGUGGUUGCUUUUUCUUCUUUGUUCUCAUUGAGGGGUCUCCACUCCAUAUCGAGCUUCGUUCGCAGGGAUCAGCGCGCCAGCGAGUCAGUUCACUCGGUCGCUUUUUUUCCUUUAGACACCUUCGAUCACUACAUCGGAAAACUUAACAAUCCCGUCCCAAUUUUCCCAACUCCCCUCAAAAAUGGAAAGCGUGGACUUGGUCGUGGUGGGCGCAGGAUGGAGUGGACUUGCGGCGAUCAAAACCUACCGCGAUCUGAACCCCGAUAGUAAUGUGCUCCUUCUGGAGGCCGCCGACUCCGUGGGUGGAGUGUGGGCCAAGCACCGACUGUACAAGGGCCUCAAGUCCAACAAUAUGCUGGGCACCUACGAAUUCAGUGACUUCCCAAUGGAUGAAGCUACCUUUGGAGUCAAAACUGGAGAACACAUCCCAGGCGAGAUCGUUCAGCGCUACCUCGAAGCUUACGCGGAACGAUUUGGCUUCACCGAUCGCAUCCGACUCGGCCACCGCGUCGAGAGCGCGCAGCACAAUCUGGACAGCACUUGGCAAUUGAAGGUGUCGCACGGGGAAGAACUGGCAACCAUCGACACGAAGAAGCUGAUCGUAGCCACGGGCAUCACGUCGCAGGCCUAUCUGCCGGACUUUGAGGGUCAGGACGCCUUCGGGGCCCCCAUCUUCCACUGCCGCGACAUGCAACAACACGAGCCCCAAAUUUGGAAGGCUGGUGAACGAGCCACCGUGUUCGGUGGUACCAAGUCCGCGUGGGAUGCGGCGUACGCAUGUGCGACGUCUGGAAUGCAAGUCGAUUGGAUCAUUCGCGAGUCCGGACAUGGGCCAAAUUGGAUGGCGCCACCCUACGUGACGCCGUUGAAGAAGUGGCUGGAGAAGCUGGUGACGACCCGACUGCUGACCUGGUUCAGCCCUUGCAUCUGGGGAGAUGCCGACGGAUACACUCGCGCGCGGAGUUUCCUGCACGGAACGUGGCUGGGUCGCAAAAUCGUGGAUGCCUUCUGGGCCGUGCUGGCCGACGACGUCGUGCAGCUCAACGGCUUCGACAAGCAUCCCGAAGUCAAGAAGCUGCAGCCGUGGAUCAGCCCCUUCUGGAUUGCCUCGUCGCUCAGCAUCCUCAAUUACCCAACCAACUUCUUCGAUCUCAUCAAGGAUGGCACAAUCAAGGUACACAUUGCCGAACUCGACCACCUCUCCGAUCACACGGUGCACCUGUCCACCGGUGAGGAGCUGAAAUCUACCGCGCUCAUCUGCUCAACCGGCUGGCGCGCCACUCCCAACUUGAAGUUCCUUCCGGAGGGCAUUGACCGCGAGCUAGGCUUCCCCUGGAGCACCGACCCGCUGGACGAAGAGAUGGUCAAGGCAGCCGAUGAGGAGAUCCUCCGUCGUUUCCCACGCCUACGCGAUCAGCCGACGCCCAACCCCAAGUACAAGCCUCUGAACGACCAGGCCGAGGCGGCGGUUCCUCACCCAUUCCGACUGGCGCGCUUCAUGGUACCUCUAUCGCAGGUCAAGGACCGCUCGCUCGCUUUCAUGGGUAUCACCAUGACUAUUAACACCACCAUCAUUGCUCAGGCCCAGGCCCUCUGGAUUGCGGCAUACUUUGGUAACCAUCUCACUCCGACCGCCACAGAACACUGCCCAGCCGCCGUUCGUGCCGCUUCCGACAUUAAAGUCGAGGACGAUGCAGAGCUCAACCUGGCCUGGGAGACCGCGCUGCACUCUGAGUUUGGCAAGUAUCGCUACCCUGGAGGGUUUGGUCGCCGCAACCCUGAUUUCGUCUUUGACGCCAUUCCAUACGUUGACUUGAUGUUGCGGGAUCUGGGCCUGUCGCAUGAGCGCAAGCAGGGGAUGCUGUCUCGGUGCUUCAGCCCGUACGGCACGGAGGACUAUAAGGGAUUAGUGGAGGAGUGGAAGGCCAAGGUAUUGAACAAGCCAUGAGCGUACCCUCUCGUAUUUGAAUGUCCACUGGCCUGUAUUUUCUUUCGUUGCAAUAUUUGUUUCCCCCUUCGCGCUCCCCGCGAUAUACCCCAUCCUUAUAUUCUAUUUCCUCGGGAGUUUUUACGGCUUUUCUAUUUAUUUAGGUUUACACAAAAUUUAUUCCACAGAUCAUUCUCCCAGGUGUCACCAGUCUAUUGGCUCGGAACGACAUGCGCUCAACGGCUUGUGUUGUGUAUAUGGUUUCUCCGUGGGCGAAGCUCUUCCAUUAUUAGCACAGUUGUUGCUCUCGAUCGAUAGAUUAUAUCUGACUCCGUCUUCCAUUCAAACGAAUGGUUGUACCUUUUAUCCCAAUCUCCUUGAACAGACCAAAGU